AUGAAUAAUUCAACUGAUCAUUCUCAAUCACAAUCAUUAAUUGUUCAUGAUAGUCAACAAACAAAUGAUUUAACUCGUUUUUAUUUAACAACAUCUGAUAAAUUACUUGAAGCAAAACGUAUAUUUUCUCAAGGUUUUUCAUCAUAUACACAAAAUCAUUCAUCAUGGGAACAAAGUUUAAAAUUACUUAGUGAUUCUACACGACUUUAUGAACAAAUAUUACGUGAAAUUAAUUUAGAUACUGUAAAUCUUUAUGAAUAUAUUGCUUCAAUAUAUAAUGAUCGUAAUCAAUUUGAAUAUACAUGUAUGUAUUUAAAUAAAUGUAUAUCAAUAUUAAAAAUGAAUUUAUCAACAUCAUGUUCAUCAACAACAAUACUUCUUGUUGAUGUUCUACGUAAAUAUGCUCAAACAUUAUUUAAUUGUCGAAAAUUUGAUGAUGCUCGUCGAACAAUAAUUGAAGCACAAAUUUUACUUGAUCAAAUGACAUCAACAUCAACAAUAUCAAUAAGUGAAGAUGAAAAGCGUACUAUUGGAGUUUUACAGACAAUAGAAGAUUUAAAAGCAAAAUGUGAUCUAUGUCUUGGUUAA